AUUUCGUAUUUUGUGGGGGCGCUGUCGUAGGUACAAGCGGGCGAAGACAAAUUGGUAAACGACAUCGCGAAUAAAAAUUCCCUUUCAUUCUUCUUCGCAAGUUAUGUUUAUAGUUCAAUAAACCAGCAAAUCUGGAUGGCCAAGAAGCUAUGAUUGCUGCGGGAAUCUCCCAGGAGUUUGUGCCUUAUGGACGCAAACAUCUCGAUUAUCAUCCUGGGGAUGUUUACCUGCCAGUGGAUGUUAGUGCAGAAAUAAGGACUUGCUUGGAUACUAGUCGUGAUCUACUAAGAGCGUUGAAAGGAGUUUCGAUACAAGAUAGACCAGAUAAGGAACAAUGGCAGUUAAGAAAGUCGGUGAAAGGUGAUGGGGAAGAAGAGUUGUAUAUGUCUGGUCAGACUGUUGUUUGGAGUUGUGGAAGUGGCUAUGGAACAAGAAAAGUUUACAAAUCCUUAACACUUGAAAAUCCAAUUCAGCAGGUAUUAUGGUGUACAUUCUGUGUGAAUGGUUGCAAACCUCUUACAAUAACAUCUUAUAAUACCAAUAAGGAUUCAGAAACACUCUCUUGCAUAUCUGUAUUAGAAACAGCAGGACUUAGUGUUUUUUCUAUGAAUGGUGAAGAAUAUAAAGUAGCAUUACCAUUUCAAGUGUCUAAAGCAUGGGCAAUAAAAUAUGGAUUAUUGUUUGAAAGAAUUGUAAGUGAUAGACAUACCAAAAGUGAAAUGUUCGAUAAAAGUCCAAUUAUCUUCAGCAUGCUUCAUCCAAUGGAAGAAGUGGCACCAGUGGUAAAACAUGUAUCUUCAUUUGGACGUACUAAUUAUUGUACUAAUACUACUCAAGAAAUUGUGUUCACUAGUAGUGAACCUUCAUUAUUAGUUUUAUAUCAUAAAUUAGAGGGAAUUCAUAGUGUUUGGAAAGUAAGGAGGACAAAUACAGAGGAAGUAAAUGUUAAUAUGCACAGUGAAUAUAGUUCCAUUCUAUCAAAUACUCCAGUUAGUUGCACUACUGGACAAUUGCAGUCUACAAUUAGUCAUUCUCACAGUAGUCAAACUCCUAGUUAUAAUGUAUCAUCUCCAUUUCAUAGUCAUCUCACUAGUCGUGUUUCGUCUCCCACUGGAUUUCAUUCUAAACAGUCAAGUCCUUCAGUAUCAGGUUUAACUCAUAUGGCAACAUUGAGUCGUUCUCAAUCUCCAUUACUUACUGGUUCCCUUCAUCAACCAUUUGUGUUUACGCCACCACCUUCUCAAAAUUGGGCAUAUUCGGCAGCUGGUUCACCCAAAAGUGUUCUGUGGGAAUUAGUUGAACCACUUGCACCAGAUAUCUGCUUAGAACAAAUGUACAUUGAAUCUCAUAGUCAUAGUUUAGGUGAAAAAUCAUCAAAAAUUUUCAUCACUACAGACAUUUGCAAUCAGAAUUUCCUAUGUUUUUUGUUUAAAGAACAUCAGCAUUUAAGGCUUAUAAAAUUUGAAGAAAGUAACGAUCAAGAACAAUUAAUAUUUGGUACGGUCAGCACAAUAUUAGCCAGAGAUGCAGAUAUUCUUCCUGCAUUAAAUCUAUUGAUAACUGUUGAUGUAGGAUUUACUAUAACAUUGUAUACAGGUAUUACAAAAAUUUGUAAAGUACAUAUUCCUAUGGUAGCUGGACCUUUUAGCAUGCUAUCUGGUACUAGUAGUCGUCGAGCGUCUUUACAGUUUGGUUCUCCUAGAAGAAGCAGUUUGAUCACGUCCAGUAGGCCCCCAAGUGCAGUGGAUCCAAAAUUUGAUGAAGAAUUAAAAUUGCUUUCUCCUGUUCCAAUUCAUAUAAAUGACAGUAAAAUAAUGGAGGAUUCUUUGAUUGAUGACUACAAUUUACCUUCAUUAGGAACUGUAAUUGGUUUAAAGGAUUCAGUUAUGAAUAGAGUAAAUUUGGAAACUUCAAAUGGAACAUUUUACAGGAUUUCUUUGCCAAAAAUGUCUAAUUCAAUAAUAGUUACAAAGCUAUUACAAGCUUUAAAUAGUAUUUUGCCAAAAGAAAUUGCUAUUCAAAUAUUUGCCAAAUGGUAUGCUAUGAGAAAUGCUCCUGGAUCGAGUGACUUGACAAUUCGUUCUGAAUUAAAAACAUUUCUUUUAUGUCUUCUGAAUAAUAUGGGUUACGAUACAGAUGUAACAACAUUUGGAGGUAUUUUAAAUAAAGAUAUGUCAUUAUCUCCUGUAGCAGUAAAGAAAGCAAAAACUUCUGAGCAAGGUACUGAUGAGGAUUGGUCAUACUUAAUAUCAUCUACACAUUCCAAAAUGAAUGAGGAUCAAAAGAAUUCUGUCGGUUUUGCUAAUUGUGAUGAAAAGUUUCAAAUAAGUUCUAGAUACAUUUCAGAAAAAGAAAUCAACAGCAUUAACAUUCAUUCUCCUUUAUUACCGUAUAUAUCUUACAUUCAUUUAGCAUUACAUCUUGUAUAUGAAGAUUGUAAACUAAAUAUACUUCAAUGGAAUGAAUUAUCAUCAUUAGCUUGUUUUUUGUAUCAGAUUUCAAGAGAUCUCAGGCUUCCAUUGUAUCAGAAUCAUUAUUGGCAAGAUUUUCCAGAUGUUUGUUCUCUUCUGUCAGAUAAUUAUCAGCUGUCAGAAGAUGAAGUGAAUCAACUCCAUGCUCCACCAUAUUUUACUAGUUCACCACCUAAUAUUUUCGAAUGGCUUCAAUCACUGCUAUUGAAUAAAGAAUUUCUACCAUUCUUAUAUAUUUCUAAUGUUACCAAAACGAUUAGGGAUGUCAUAUUGAUGUAUAGCUUGCUUCUUAUGAAUGUUACUAAUAAAAGAACAAUAAAUGAUUAUCUGCAAUCUUUAGUAGUACCUGGGAGAAGAUUUGUAGAUGAAGUUGAAUUAACAUUUUUCCAAGAAUUGUCAGUGAUGUGUAAUCCAGAAGAAAAUCUUAUCUUAUUUCUUACUCAUUUAGGUAUUAAUAAUGAAGAUCUAAACAAACUUCCUCUUGGAGUUGCACUUCCAAUUAGAGAAGUCAUAUUACAUUGUCGGAAGAAACCUUCAUCCGAUUGGCCUGCUGAUGCAUAUACAUUAAUUGGUAGACAAGACUUAGCUGCCGCUCAUGCUGGAACCAUUUUGCCUCUUUACCAGUCAAAAAGUUUUGAUAGUGUGAAACAUGUAAUUGCGAAAGAAGACGAAGAUGGCUUAGACCAUUUAGAUCAUGAAGUUUUACAGUUAAGAUUUAGUCAAGAUCAAAGAAUAUAUGAAGUGUAUAGAAUGUUGCAAUCUUCAAAACCAGUUAAAAUUGUUUUACAGCAGAGACCAGAAGUGAGUGACCAUGACUUUAUAGAAGAACAAGAAAGACAUCUAUACACUCUUUGUAUCAGAACUAUGGCACUUCCUAUUGGAAGGGGCAUGUUUACUUUAAGAACUUAUAGUCCUGUUGUAACUGAGACACUUCCAAUACCUAAGCUCUGUCUGACAGGAAGAGCUCCACCACGAAAUACGACAGUUGACCUUUCUCACAUUGACGUUCCCGCAAACAUGAAUAUGUGGCCAUUAUUUCAUAACGGUGUAGCAGCUGGUCUUAGAAUUGCACCGAAUGCAUCUCAGAUUGAUUCCACUUGGAUUGUAUACAAUAAACCUUCGACCAUUAGUAACGAUACUCCAGUAGAACAUGCAGGUUUUCUUAUGGCAUUAGGUUUGAAUGGACAUUUGUCCAACUUGGCAACAAUGAGUGUGCAUGAUUAUCUCUGUAAGGGACAUGAAUUGACUAGUGUUGGAUUAUUGCUGGGUUUGGCAGCUGCCAAGAGAGGCACAAUGGAUUUAGCUUGUACUAAAGUAAUGAGCAUUCAUGUUGAAGCACUACUUCCACCAACUUCAACAGAACUAAAUGUUCCUGCUGUUGUACAAGUUGCUGCAGUUCUUGGUAUAGGAUUACUAUAUCAAGGUUCUGGCCACAGACACAUGGCAGAUGUUUUGUUGGGAGAAAUUGGUCGACCUCCUGGUCCCGAAAUGGAACAUUGCAUCGAUAGAGAGAGUUAUGCACUUGCUGCUGGCUUAGCAUUAGGACUCGUCACACUUGGAAAAGGAAGUGAAGUUGCUGGACUUUCAGAUCUUCCAAUGGCAGAUCAACUAUACCAUUUUAUGAUUGGUGGCCAUAAACGACCUUUAACUGGAAUUCAUAAGGAAAAGCACAAGAGUCCUAGUUAUCAGAUAAGAGAAGGCGAUUCUGUUAAUAUUGAUGUUACUAGUCCUGGUGCAACACUUGCUUUAGGAAUGAUGUUUUUUAAUACAGGAAAUAUAGCUAUUGCUGAUUGGAUGACAAUACCAGAUAGCAAAUAUUUGUUAGACAUGGUUCGACCAGACUUUUUGCUUCUCAGGACUUUAAGUAAGGGAUUGAUUCUAUGGAGCAAUAUUCAUCCAUCAAUAAAAUGGAUUGAAAAUCACUUACCUGAAAUUGUUUCAACAUAUGCUUUUAAGAGAGUUGAAGUGAAUACAGAUAUUGAUUAUGAAACAAUGAGUCAAGCUUAUUGUAAUAUUAUUGCUGGUGCUUGCAUGGUUUUGGGUUUGAAAUUUGCUGGAUCUGCAAAUGCUGAAGCUUUUCAAACUCUGAUGCAUUACGCCAAGUCUUUUUUAUCACUUUCUGCCAAACCAGUAGCUGAACAAGCGGGAAAAAAUACAAUCGAGACGUGUCUCAGCGUAAUUGUGCUGUCGUUGGCAAUUGUCAUGGCCGGAACAGGAGAUCUCGAUGUAUUGAGAAUCUGUCGACAUCUCAGAUCGAGAACUAGUCAACCAUCUGGAUGUGUAUUAUAUGGCUUUCACAUGGCAAUACAUAUGGCUUUAGGAUUGCUAUUUCUUGGAGGUGGAAAGUUUACUUUAAGUACAAAUCCAUUUGCUGUAGGAGCUAUGGUGUGUGCAUUCUUCCCAAAAUUUCCAACUCAUAGUAAUGAUAAUAGGUAUCACUUGCAAGCAUUCCGCCAUUUAUAUGUACUAGCAGUCGAGCGUCGUUUCCUAAUUCCAAGAGAUAUUGAUACUGGUAAAGCAGUAUAUGCAAAUUUAUUAGUGAAAUUCAAGGAUACAACGUGGUAUAAAAAUGUUCAAUAUAAAGUAACAGCACCAUGUCUUUUGCCUGAACCAAAACUUUUAAGAGAGGUUAGAAUAGAUGAUUCCAGAUAUUGGCCAAUAGUAUUUGAGAACAAUAAAAAUUGGGAUAUGCUUAAACAUUUACUAGAAAAUAAUGGAAAUUUAUACUUAAAACAAAAAGCUGGAUAUCUUCCGUACACCAGCGAUCCAAAGGGUCUUCAUAACUUACUUACAAAAACUUUAGCUAAAGAUAAUGUGAAGGAAUGGGUAUCUAAGAAAAAAUCAGUGAGUAAAUUCUCUUGUGAUCCAAUAGUGUACAGUUUUGCUACUUCAUUUUUAAAACCAGUUGCUAACACUAUACAGGAAAUUGAAUGGCAACAACAGCUCAGUUCCUUGCUUUACGAAUGUGCUUUGGAAGAAAAAAUGGAAAUACUUCCUACUUGUCUUGCACUUUGUCAGAUGGCAGAAAAAAUGAAAAAAGAAUCGAAUAUGUUGGAGUUGUGGCAAUUGAAAUUAAUGUUGGCCAAUCAACAAAGAUCCGAAGCAACUGAUAAACAGCCGCUCUUGAGUUCAGAUUUUACGCUGGCCAUUAAAAACCAGCUGGAAAAAGUGAUCGGUGUAUUGGCAAGAGGCCAACAAGAGAACAUAUUAGCUUAUUUAUCUGGCAGGAAGAAUGGCUUUCAGUUAUUACCCAAUUUGGCUCCAUUUUUGGUAUUCUACGAUAUACCUCCUUCGGGAUCUCUUAAAUUGUCUUUGCAAGAAGGAAUUAUCAACUUGCCAAUCCUUUAUCUUCAGCUACAUCAAAUGCAGAUGACUGUACAUUCAAUUAUGGUUUUACUUGCAGUUCUUCAGCCAUCUAACUAACUGUGUACAUACAUAUAUUUGAUGGAAAUAUUUUGUAUUAUUAUAUUUUAUAAACAAAUGAAAUAAUUUAUUAAGUAGUAUCUGUUAUUUGAUACAGAAAUUGCACAAGUUAUUAUUUUAUAAGGUCAAAAGAUGGAAGAGGGGGAUUAAGGCGUCGAUGGUUGAGAAAUGUUUGACUUCAAAUAUUUUCCAUACAUUUUAGAUUAGUUUUACAAUGAAUGAUGCAAUAGAAAACAUUGUACAAUAAUUGCAUCUGACUCAAACGGGAAGUUUCUUUAUUGUCUUAGUAAUUAUACACAAACAAUGCAUAAAUUGAAAUAUCAUUUAAGUUAAACUGAAUAUAAUUUUGUUACACCGCACUUGAAAGCUAGUUUUUUAAUUUACAGUUUUUCUGUUGCAUUUGAAUUUGAUUACAAAUAACAGAUGUCUUACCAUGCAAACAUACUUCAUAUUACUUGCAUUACUUUACAAGAUUAUAAUAAAAUAUAUUUUCCAACUCGUAAGAAGUUUUUGAGUAUAAGAUGUGUCUGUUUUUAAGGGAAGUUUUGGAAUUACAAAUCAUGCCUUUCCUACAGUUCCAACAAAAAAAUUAGGUUUUGUACCGUCCAUUUUUAAUGUAUGCUACAAAAUCUAAUUUUUUUGCUGGUACUGUAGCAUACAAUCACACCUUUUCCAAAGUUCUGUGAAUAUUUUCUUUUGUCUGUUCAAUGUUGAGUCUAUGAAGUAUUGUAUGUGUAACUAAAGGAGAGGAUUUGCCAAAAGUACACAACAGGGUGGAAGUGGUUAAAAAACUGCAUAUGUAAGGCCCUGUACACACUAGGCGUUUUUCAACGCGCGUUUUAAAGAACCAAGAGUUCUAUGUAGCCGUACACAC